ACCCCAUUCAGGAGAUUGAUAUUGUGUGCAGAGAAUAGAAAAGAGAUGGAAGAUUGGAUUAGUUCCCUGAAGUCUGUACAGUCCCGAGAACAUUACGAGGCGGCUCAGUUUAACGUGGAACAUUUCUCAGGGAUGCACAAUUGGUAUGCUUGUUCCCACGCAAGACCCACAUUCUGCAACGUCUGCCGUGAGAGCCUCUCCGGAGUUACUUCCCACGGUUUGUCCUGUGAAGUAUGCAAGUUCAAGGCUCACAAAAGAUGUGCUGUCCGGGCAAUAAAUAAUUGCAAAUGGACAACGUUGACUUCAAUUGGAAAAGAUAUAAUUGAGGAUGAAGAUGGUGUAGCUAUGCCUCAUCAGUGGUUAGAAGGCAAUCUUCCGGUCAGUGCCAAAUGUGCUGUGUGUGACAAAACCUGUGGCAGCGUUCUCCGCCUGCAAGAUUGGAAGUGCCUUUGGUGUAAGACAAUGGUGCACACGGCUUGCAGAGAUUUGUAUCCUCGCAAGUGUCCUCUCGGCCAGUGUAAAGUAUCAAUUAUUCCUCCCACAGCACUGAACAGCAUAGAUUCUGAUGGUUUCUGGAAAGCCACAUGCCCACCAACUUGUGCUAGCCCUCUCUUGGUUUUUGUGAAUUCAAAGAGCGGAGACAAUCAGGGAGUGAAAUUUCUUCGGCGCUUCAAGCAGUCGCUAAAUCCAGCUCAGGUCUUUGAUUUAAUGAACGGAGGGCCUCAUUUAGGUUUACGAUUAUUUCAAAAGUUUGACAAUUUUCGAAUCCUCGUAUGUGGGGGAGAUGGAAGCGUCGGCUGGGUGUUGUCUGAAAUCGAUAAACUCAACCUGCACAAACAGUGUCAUUUGGGAGUGUUACCGCUUGGGACAGGAAAUGACCUUGCCCGUGUCCUCGGCUGGGGAGGGUCAUGUGAUGACGACACGCAACUUCCUCAAAUUCUAGAAAAGUUAGAACGGGCUAGCACCAAAAUGUUAGACAGAUGGAGCAUCAUGUCAUAUGAAUUGAGAUUCCCAUCAAAGCAAUGCAUUCUUCCAGUUAGUCCCGAAGAAGACUCUGAGGAAUGUCAGAUGUCUGUGUAUGAGGAUUCAAUUGCUACACAUCUGACAAAGAUCCUUGAUUCGGAUCAGCACUCGGUUGUUAUAUCAUCUGCCAAGAUCUUGUGUGAAACCGUAAAAGGCUUUGUGGCCAAAAUAGGGAAGACUUGUGAAAGACCAGUGGAAAAUGCAGAAGCUGAUGCCAUGGCCAUUAAAUGUUCAGAACUGAAUGAGAAGUUAAGCCGAUUGCUCCAGGCUCUCCAUGCAGAAACCCAGGUUAGUCCUCGCCUCCCCCACAUGGCUUCCCCCAUUGUAGAGGAAGAAGCUGAAGAGUCAUCCAGUGAGGAGUCUUUGUCUGAUGCCAAAGAACAGUUCAUCGAGAGCAACGCAGCUUCUCCCACGCAACAGACGUUCAAGUCACGGGAGCAGUUAAUGCUACGAGCCAACAGUUUAAAGAAAGCUCUGAGACAGAUAAUUGAGCAAGCAGAAAAAGUUGUGGAUGAACAGAACGCGCAUAGUGAAGAUCAAAUAAACCAAGCCACUAUGGAAUAUAAUAAGGAAUUAGAUGAGUCCAAGGAAGAAAAAGAUGAAGACACAAAAGAAUAUGAAUCUCAUCCGACCCCAGCCGGUGUUGCCAGCAAGGAAAACCUUCCAGUCCUGAACACAAGAAUAAUUUGUCCAGGUCUGAGAGCGGGCCUUGCUGCUUCGAUUGCAGGAAGUUCUAUCAUCAGCAAAAUGUUACUAGCAAAUAUUGACCCCUACGGUGCCACCCCUUUUAUUGAUCCCGAUCCAGAAUCACUGGAAGGCUAUUCAGAGAAGUGCGUCAUGAACAAUUAUUUUGGCAUUGGAUUAGAUGCAAAGAUUUCAUUAGAAUUUAACAAUAAACGGGAAGAACACCCUGAAAAAUGCAGAAGUAGGACAAAGAACAUGAUGUGGUACGGAGUGCUUGGUACGAAAGAACUGUUACAACGGACUUACAAAAACUUAGAACAGAAAGUUCAGCUUGAGUGUGAUGGACAAUACAUCCCUCUUCCAAGUCUUCAAGGCAUAGCUGUCUUGAAUAUCCCAAGCUAUGCUGGUGGGACUAAUUUCUGGGGUGGAACCAAGGAGGAUGAUAUAUUUGGGGCACCAUCGUUUGAUGAUAAAAUCCUGGAGGUGGUCGCAGUAUUCGGCAGCAUGCAGAUGGCUGUUUCUCGAGUUAUCAAGCUCCAACACCACAGAAUAGCCCAGUGCCGGACAGUAAAGAUCACCAUACUUGGAGAUGAAGGCGUACCUGUACAGGUAGAUGGGGAAGCUUGGAUUCAGCCACCAGGCAUCAUUAAAAUUGUGCAUAAAAACAGAGCACAGAUGCUAACACGAGACAGGGCCUUUGAGAGUACGUUAAGAUCCUGGGAAGACAAGCAGAAGUGUGAUUCUUGCAAACCAGGCCUACGGUCACCUUUGUACCUGCAUCAGGCGGUGGAGCUAGCAUCUGAAGAAGAGGCAGCACAGAUCCAGUCAUGUUCUCAGGUGGCAGAAGAGCUGAUCGCCAGAAUCUGUGAAGCUGCAAAAACUCACGGCCUUUUGGAACAAGAGCUGGCUCACGCCGUGAAUGCCUGUUCUCAUGCUUUAGCCAAGGCCAGCCCCAGAUUCCCUGAGAGUCUUGCCAGAAAUACUGCGCUGGAAGUAGCUGCUACUGUGAAGGCACUCCAUGAUGAAACAGCAUCCUUGCUAGUUGGAAGGGUCUCUUUGCAAUUGGAAUCCCCUUACGAGGAGCUGCUGGUGACAGCCGUGCAGAGCUUGGAGACUGAACUGAGAAAGUUGGCUGAAAUUCCUUGGCUUUGCUAUAUUCUACAACUGAAUGAUGAUGAGGAUCCUCCUUUGGAAUAUUGUAAAAGGAACAGUAGAAGUACUGUAUUUCGUAUAGUGCCAAAGUUUAAAAAGGAAAAGGUUCAAAAACAGAAGACCAGCGCCCAGCCUGUUCAAAAAUGGGGCACGGAUGAAGUUGCUGCUUGGCUGGACCUGCUCACUUUGGGAGAGUACAAAGAAACCUUCAUCAGCCACGACAUCCGAGGCUCUGAGCUUUUGCACCUGGAAAGGCGAGACCUGAAGGACUUGGGGAUAACGAAAGUGGGUCAUAUGAAGCGAAUUCUUCAGGGAAUUAAAGAAUUUGGCAGGAGUGCACCGUUACCUGAACCGUAGCUGUCCCAGCUGCACUGCUGAGGAAACACUACUUAUGCAAAGCUGUAGAAGCAUGCGGGUUGCUCCGUGGAUGAGUAAGCGCCAAGACGUGAGAAGAUUAGAGUUGCUCUAAUCAGGGCGUGGUUUGACGAAAGCGCCGAUGUGGGAGCUCAAAAGGUUUUGUGUGUCUAAAGAGGCUGUGAAAUAUAUUGUGAGAAGUAGUUAAAAUGUCUACAUUACAGUGAAAAUGUUUCCUGGGUAGCUCAUGCAUGAUUCGGACAACGGUAAUCAACACAGUUCCUUUCCAUGCCUAUCCAGGUCCUUUCAAUGCAACUGCAAAUUGCUUUGUGAAAUGAGAUGGUUAAGUUUGACAAAUCCUUGAGGCCUAACCUUAUCUAGAGCCUCCAGCUAAGCGUCCCGUAGACUUGAUCCCAUCUGGGUAUUUCGGUGACACUGAUACCUCAACCACCAUUCUCUUGUUAUCCCUUUCAUUGGCCAAAAAUAACAUUGAAGCCUUGCCGAAUGCCACGAAUGGAAAUGCCUGGCUUUGUGGCCCAAACUGCCUCUCUGUUGCAUGAUACUUCAUACACUUGAACAACUUUUAUAUCUGUUUUAAUAAGGUAUAAUUUAUUACUGCUUUGGGUUAAGGACUUUUUCUGAUGUUAUUAUGUUAUAUACACAUGCUGUGUGUGGUGGAUAUUGUUGCCAUAAUCUAGCCAUGAAAACUCCUAUACUCUGGCUUCAGGUAAUUUCAGAGUAUUUCUAAAAUGCUAGCACAUGGCAGAUUUAUGAACUGGUUCCCAAGAGAGAACGAUUUGAACGUUUCCAUACCAUUGAUAAAAUAUGCAAUGCUGACUAUCUUUCUUAAAGCAACUGCAAGUUUACCUCGAAUGUCUGAAUUUCAAAAUGUGGCCCUCUCGUGGCUGAUUGACCAAAACUGCACCAUAUUUGGUGAACAUCAGGACUUAAUUAUGCAAUUUUCAUGAAAUCUUUAAAGGUUGCAGAGCCCUGACUUUUACGUAUCCAUUAAGCAAAGCAUUUUUUCAGUUCAGAAAUUGAUUAGCCUCCUCAGAAAUAUUGUUAUCAAAUCAUUUGUUAAUAUGGAUUGGAAAAUUUGGUUGAUCAGUGCUGGAAAAUAAAUUCCUUUUCUAAAAAUACAGCAUGAGUUUCACAGCUGGGAAACCUCUCAUUCUAGAUAUUGCUGAACCCAGGGGCCUCGGCAGGGGCGUUCAAAAAAGUCAAGAUGGUAUCUUGAUUGUGUGGUUAUGGACUCACUGCCCAUGGACACCCCUGGAUGAAAUACAUCUCCCAACAUCCCCCAUUAUUGAUCUUGCUGGCUCUUAAGCUCCUUCCACUUGCAGGAGAACCUGAACAAUUAAAGCUAACCAGAAAGCAGAGAGUUCAUGAUUUUGUCUGAAUCAGGACUUUUGAUUUUCAUUUCUCUAAAAUGUCAGAACCUAAAAUCAGAUCAAUUGUUUGUUUCCAGUUUGAGUUUGUUUAACCCAAAGUCCUGGUUCAUAUACAGUAUAAGACUAAGCUUUUGUCCUCUGUGUUAGCUUUGAUUAGUGGGAAGAGCCAAGCAGGAAUGGUUGACAUAGGGGUGUCUGUGGGUCAUAAAAUUCAACAUGGUGGCUGCAUGAUCAAAUCCCUGCCCUCUCCUUUUCAUUGCACUGCACAUGUGAUACAUAAAAAAAAGGAUAAGGGCCUUGACUGUGCAGUGACAGCCAUUAACUUGACUUUUUGUCAUACACCCCCCCUCAUCCCUCAUGGGCACCAAUGAAUUGACACAGACCUCACGAACAAUAAAUGAGGAUUUUCCAGAAUUCUGAUAUGUGUGCAGCUUUGUCCUUCUUCAUUGGCAGUGAGCAAUGGGGGGAAGAAAUAUGUCUUGGGAAAUGCUGCACAUUUCCAAUGAACAAGAUGCAUCACAGUGUCAGAAGGAACCCUAAUCAGAUCAAGUAGCAAUGAUUUCUCCUCAAACUGGAGACAUCUUUGUUGUUUAUUCGUUUAGUCGCUUCCGACUCUUCGUGACUUCAUGGACUAGCCCACGCCAGAGCUUCCUGUUGGUCGUCAAUACCUCCAGCUCCCCCAGGGACGGGUCCGUCACCUCUAGAAUAUCAUCCA